UUAUUUGCUAAAGAUAACUAUUGCUUGUGAAAAGCAGCAAGCCGCUGAUUACUCUACGGAAUACGUAUAGCGUAAUAUCAUGACGAGUGAAGUUGAGGGCAAGGCUCUUGCCGCAACCGUUGGAAGUACUGUAGAAGUAGAAUACGCUGCAUCGAAACCCGAAGAAAAGAAGUUUGUACGGCCACCUCGUGAAGGUAGUACCCACCUACCCAAACUUCCAUUUGUACACUUGCCACAACCGAGAACAGCGAGCGGAAGAAGAAUGUACUACAGCGAUGUACCAGCGUUGAGAAAAGAAAUGGCGGAGAGAAUUUAUAGGUUGGACCAGAAACGAAAGAGCGCGGAGGAGUUCUCGCGCACGACUCAAGAUUUCUGGCGAAUGGAAUUGGAUGGACUAAAAAAUAUUGGCGAAGACAAUCGUCGCAACAUGAUUGCCGCCAUAAAAAUUUAUCUUGGACAAAAUCGAGGAUCACUUAGAGCUGUUUGUAAAUUACUUCACAUAAUUACAACCCAAAAUGACAAUUGAGAUAAUAUUUUUUGGGCUGUCAAACUGUCUCCGUUAAUAACGAAUCCAAAAAACGAUUGCGAUACAUUUCCAUUUGUCAAAGCAUUCAUUCAUCAUCCAAAAAUAUAUAUAUAUAAAUACUUUAGCGUGAGGUCUACCGCUGUAUUAUCCCUCCCUCGUGGACAUCACACAUUUCCAUACAUUUAUUUUAGGGAUAAACACUUUAUUUGUUGCACCUGUGUAUGCUACAUAUGGCAGUAGACAUAGCGCUAAAAGUAGCGCUAGAUACUUUGUUUUUCCAGGAAAUGAGUUACAAUAGCCUUGUAAGCCUGCAAUAAGAAUUAAAACCAAACGAUUGAAAAAUUUAUAAUUGCAAAAACUCCUAUCAGAAGAGCCAACAAGAAUGUCCACACCUUAAAAACAUGUGAACGCAUGCAAAAAGGGAACUAGGGUUCUCUGAUGUGAAACUAUUUUGCAUCGACUUUUUAAUUUAUUAACAUCCGGUAUUAUAUUUUUCGACCCGAAACAGGUUUUAGGCAGGUCUAUCUUUCCUACAAAACGCACGAUCGUAUAUUUUUUGUAUAAUAUUUUGCGUAAAUCGAUAAAGGUGAUAUGUGAUCGAUUUACCACAGAUUACAUGGAUUUGUUUACUAUUUUUCAGAUAUUCUGCACUUUUGUGAAUAAAUGACUUUUUGUACAAUCUGAUGCCUGAUCAUAGAAAAUUAAGUUAGAUUCAAUCUUACAUCAUUAAAAAUUAACUGAUCGCCAUUUCAUU